AUGUCAGCGGGCAGCGUAUUUUCAACCGUCUUCUUUUUUUUCUUAUCGCUUGUGGCAACAUUACUGAUAUUCCGGUACUACACAAAGAUAUCUGCGAAGGAUAUGCCGGUGCUUUGCCGUGUGUUUAUUAUUAUUGCCCUCUUUUCCUCCAUUUUACCGUUUCCGCUACUUGUAGUGGAUAUAAACGCGGCCAUUGACGCAAAAGCGGACCCCAGUAUGCCAAAGGAGACGUGGCUGAUUGGUGUUUGGUACGCCAUUGUGUCGGCAACGUACAUUAUGGGCUGGGCGGUGCUUCCUGUCUCGCAGUCGUACACAGAAGUGGGAGAUUUUGCCCCGACGCGAAAAAUCAAGCACGCCAUCAGGAACAACCUGAAGCUGUAUGCUAUAUCUUUGAUUAUUAUUGUUGUGCUUUUUGGCUACGUUGUCUUUCUCAAGGGGGCGUACAAUUCCAUUGCGGAUAUUCUGAAGCUUGCCAUUUCUUUAGCGAAUGCCUGGGGUCUUAUUUUGCUGGUUCUGUUCAUGUCAGCUGGUUUGGUGGGCGUGCCAAAGAUGCUUUGGCGAAGCUCGGAUGCUGUCAGAAUGUUGCGUCGUGCGUACUUCAGGGCUGUUGACAUUCAGGAGGAUUUAGAUAUGGCCUCCAUGGACUUGGCUGAGGUCAAGGCGGAGCUCAUGACGAUCCAUCCCCUUGUGGCGGAGGAGCACAAGGUGUACUGGACGCACAUGAUGGAGAAGAUUACCAAAGCAGAUCGUGAAAUACUGCAGCAUCAUUCUGCAGGUGCACUUGUGAGGCCUGUGACGGGGGAAAACCACACCGAUGUUUCCUUGAAGCAUUUAGAGGAACUCCACGCACGCGUCAAGUACUCCAUCAAAAUUGUGCGAAGGAUGAAUCAUCUGUGGGAUUCCACUAUUCGUGACUGUUUAGCAUACGAUGAGUUUAUACUUGGGGUGAAGUCUACCAAUAAUCCUUUCAAAAGGUUUUGGUUUCCCGUACGAGGCAUGGUCUAUCGGGGAGCUGCCUUGUGCACCUCAAUCCUCACCCUUCUGGUGCUUUGGAGUGAACUUCUUUUGCCAUUUCAGCCAUUGACAACGAGGCAGCUUUCUGUCAUUGCCCUGGCAAUGGGGAGCGAAUUUCAACUUGUAGGAUCGAUGGUGUUCAUGUUUUACAUGGCAUACUGCUCAUACUGGGCCAUCCUACAACUAAAGGUGUUUGACAUUUAUGUUAUUCUCCCAGGCAUCUCGGAUAAUGCAUCGAUGUGUUUUGGUGCCACCUUUUUGGCUCGUCUUAUUAUGCCGUUGGGAUUUAACUUUUUGUUGAUUGCCGACCUUGUGAUGAAUGACACCGAUGUAAUGUAUGGCCACGUGUAUCGACGCAACAUGGACGUCAGCCUGGUUCUUGGUUCAUGGCUGAAUCAGUUUAUUCCGAUGUUUAUCCCUUUUGUAUCUAUAAUGGUACUCCUGAAGCUCGUGGACCGUUUGCUCAUUAUUAUUGGGGUCGAGGUCCACAACCCGGAUGACGUGAUGAACGAUACGGUGCGUCAGCGAAUUGAGGAUGGACACCGGCUUGUGACGCACACUCUUGGACAGCCGCUUACGGCUUUAGAUCUUGGCAACUUGGGGAUUUCUUCAGGGGAAACUGCGUCGGUGAAGAAGGCAAACGACGCUUCCACCGGCCAGACGCGAACACUGGAGCGUGGGGAGCGGUACAAGGAGUAUUUGGCAAGAAAAAGGGCCAAGAGCGAGGGAGAGCCUGUUUAA